CUCCUAUCCUCUCCUUCUUGACCGCCGUAAAAAUUUCGCUAGCCCUAACCCUCCUCCGCCUCCCCCUCACCCCCUGCCCCCGACCGCGCCGCCUCCGCCUCUGCCGCCGCGGCAUAUCCAGCCUUCUGCGGCGACCUCCGAGUGUCUCAUACGCUCUAGAUCCGUCGACCUGAACCAAUUAUUCGUGUGAGGCACUGCAGAAUAUAAACUAAAAAGUCUUACCAUGGCUCAGGAUGCUGUUGCACUUAAUGGACUAAAUGGCGACCGUCAUAGGCAGUUUCGUAGGUCUGUGAUACCGAUUCUUAUGUAUAAUCGGGAAGGUGAAAAUCCAAAUAAACCAAUUUCUGUUAUUUCGGGCAUAGUCACGGUCUCUGGUGGAGGGUUUUGCCACAUAAUAGCAUACAAGGGGUUACUUUUUCCCCCAGAGGCACACAAGUACAGAUAUGAAAUUGUUUUUCCCAAUGAUAUGAGGGUAGACCUUGAACACCUCGGCGUGGAAAGACAUGGUCUUUUGGCUGGUUUCUAUUGUCAUGUUCCUGUUGAAAUUGUAGAUGCUGUCCACUUUGGUAUUCAAACUACGAGGAACCAAGAACUUAAGAUGUAUGGAUAUCAGGUUGAUAAUGUAUCAGGGCGAUUACAAAAUGAUCUAACUGAUGGCUAUCUGACUCAUGUAGAGGAACAAUAUCAAGAGUUCAGACAUGAUUGUACACCUUCAUUUUUUUCUCGAAGAGGAUCACCUGUUUUCAAUGAGCAAAGGCAACUCGUCGGUAUAUCUUUUAAGGAUAUUGGUGUAACUAAAGCCUUGGAUAUUGGGUAUAUAACUGCCAUUCUUCCAAGAUUUUGUGGAGGAGACGAUAACAUGCCUAUGUCAGAUGUCUUAGAACGUAUUAGACUUCUUGGAGAGCAAAAAUUUGCUAUGCCUGAGGAUCUGGAGCCUUCUCCUUCUCCCUGAGAAUCAUAUGGCUUGAUGGGCUGCUGUGUGAACUUUGAAGGAAGGCAAGGUGGCCAGAGGAUUGUUGUUGGUUUCUUACGUAGCUCUAGCUUCUCCUUGACUGUUUCUAGUAGUCUAGCCGUUUGAACUGUAUGUUGCAUUUGGUUGGUGUUGUUUCACCGCAAGCUCCUUCACUAUAUGUAACUAUGUGCACUGCUGUGGUCCAAACUUAUGUAGUAGCAGGGCAUUAUUGUGAAGUGAGAUUAUCCAAUCAAGUUGAGCUAUGAUCCAGCUUCUCCUC